UAUUAUAACUAUUAUUAUUAUCUGAGUUAAUCACAGUUCUUGUGGAUCUCUAACUCAGUUGUUCCGAAGUAUUCGUCUACCGCUCGUUGAAAUUGUACAUUCAGCUUAGUUGGUGAAAUCAGCUAAUGAACAAUAAAUCGUUUCUGGGCGGUAACAAAAAUAGAUUUAAUACAUCAAUCAAGAAUCCAGUUUCACCGAUGGAUAAUUUAUUGCAUCAUUUCAAGGAAGUGAAUCCAAUUUACAGAUCAGAAAGGCUUUAUCAUAAUCACACUGAACCUUGGAUACCAAAUUUAUGCAUGGUAAACACAGUAGCCUCUUCAAGUCAAUUACCUUCAUUGUAUUCAACAUCUGUUGAGUUACCAGUGAAUGAUUCAAACUGGCACUCUGUCCUAAAUUCAAAGAAUUACAUUUCGAAGGUUCCACAAAUCGUCAAAGAAAACACAACUUCAAAUGAGUCAAUUUCCCUUGGAAAUGUGAACAGUGAUGUUUUCCAUCGAUUUGGUCAACCGAUUGAUUUAACAAUGAAUCAUCAAGAAAGUCAUCCAAAAUUGGGUGAUUCGAUGUCUUUUGGUGAAGUGUAUCCACAAAGUAGAAGCACAAAUGAAGUCUGUACCGAUGAAACAUCUUUCAAUGAUUGGAGUCAAAGCAGUUCACUCACACUCCCAUGCUUGUUAUGCAAAACUGUUGAGAAUUCUCCACAUCAACUGUUAAAACACCUAGAACAAAUGCAUAAUAUAAACCCAAAUCAAUUUAAAACUUCACCUAGCCAAAAUUUUCGAGAUGUAGAAGUAAAUAAGCAAGUUGGGCAAUCUUUUAUACAGCUAAGCAACGACACAAUGAAUAAAUCAAGGCUUAGCCAAUAUGAUUCAUGUUCAUAUCAUUCCUUACCUAGCCUGUAUACACAUUCAAUAAAUUUUACAAGCUAUAAUAUGCAUUUAUUCACUUACAUGUAUAAACUUAUAUCUGCUUAUAAAGAAAGAGAUGCCAGUGAACAAGUGAUUACACCCAGUCAACCAUUACACUACAUAAAUAUGGGAGGCUCAGAAGAUUUUGAAAAUGUAAUCGGUGGUAAGUAUAAUCAAGGAUCUACUGUCUAUGAUAACAUCAAUUCCUACUUAUUGGAUAACUAUGGAAAUACAAUGAUGAUACGACAGGCGAAGUCAUUCGCUGAAAUUAUAUCCGGCAGAAGUCUACUAGUACCUUGCCUGAAUAGAAGUGCAGAAGAAUUUACAGUAGAAAACAAAUUGAUAGAUGAGGCUAAAAUCGUCAAGCAUCCUAUUCUCCGUCAGUGCCUUUUAGAUUCCAAUAAUGCUACUCAUCAUAGUGAAAAUAAUGCACUAAGCCCCCCACCAAAACUGGUAAUCAGUAGAAGACGUGAUAUGUGUGAAUUUUGUGGAAAGAUAUUUCGUAAUAUCAGCAAUCUCACUGUACACCGACGUACGCAUACCGGCGAGAGACCAUAUCACUGUAACCUAUGCCCUUAUGCAUGUGCUCAAUCGUCAAAGUUGAAAAGACACAUGAAAAUACAUACUAAACAACAGCAACACCAGAACUGUAAAUCCAAUUCAAGUAGUUAUAUGAAAUCCUUGAAUGAAAGGCGAUUCUCUUGUGUAUAUUGUGGUAGGCGAUUCAAAUUUCUUGAUAUGUAUGAAUCUCAUUCAGUGUGGUGCAGGUUGGGUGCUUCCAAAACUGAAAUUACUAAUCAUUUAAUUUAAAUAUACGUGUAAAAAUAAAACCGUUUGACAAAGUGAUGCUGUGCAUAAGAGGAUAAAAGGGGGUUAAUUUUAGUCAACUAAUUUCCAAGUUAUUUGAUAAUCUCAAAGAAACUUAAUUUAUUUUUGGUUUUUUUUUCAUAAUUAAGCGCCAUUAGUUUUAAUCUUAGAUUAUUACUGCUUUUUUUUACAACACUGCUUUUCUCUAUCCACUUCGAACCAUUUUCUUGACUUUGUAAUGUGAAUGAAUAUGAAAGUAAAAAAAAUGCGUAUCCUGUAACAAUUAACUAAAUUGGUUACCCAUUUGAAGAAAACUGUGUCCUACCAAAUAGAUUUUUGAGCUGUUUUUAUACUUAUGCAAAAGAAUAACAUUAAAUUACAGUCAGUUGACUACUUGUUUGUUUUGCAAUUUACCUUGUCAGGAUAAAAGUCCAUCAGCAUGACUGCAAGAAUCAAAAUGUAAGCAAUGGUGAUGUAACAUUAUUGUAUACUGAUUUGAUGGGUUGGCAUAUACAACAAAAUCAGAAAUGUUAAGGGGGUUCAGUUAAGACAACUUCACUUGCUAUAUUUACACAGUAGCAUACAUGCAAACACCGCUUUCAUUCACUAACUCAGUUUAACAUUUACCAUAAUUC